AUGAAGAUCGCAGCUGUUAUGUCCGCCUUGAUGGCCGCUGGCCUGGUUGCUGGUGCUCCUCCGGCGCCUCGCCCAACUGACCUCUCCAACCCGCCUCCUCACAAUGGCCCUAACGUCGCUGUUGCUGGCAACGGCAAGCGUGACGAGCACCCUCCUCCGCCCAAGCCCACCGACAACAACCCCCCUCCUCACCACGAUGGUGGAAACGGCAACGGCAAGCGUGGAGAUGUGCCCCCUCCCCCCAAGCCUACCGACGGUGAAUUCCCGCCUCAUAAGGGAGAUGGAAACGGCAAGCGUGGUGACAUCCCGCCCCCUCCUAAGCCUACCGACGGCGAGCUCCCUCCUCCUAAGGACGAUGGCCACGACAACGGAAAGCGUGGCGAUAUCCCACCUCCCCCGAAGCCUACAGACGAUCACCACCCACCCAAGGGAGAUGGCAAGCGUGACCAGCUUCCUCCUCCUCCCAAGCCCACCGACGGAGAGGUUCCCCCUCCCCACGACAACGGAAAGCGUGGCGAUGUCCCGCCCCCUCCUAAGCCUACUGAUGGCGAGCUUCCUCCUCCCAAGGAUGAUGGCCACGACAACGGCAAGCGUGGUGACAUCCCUCCUCCCCCCAAGCCCACCGACGGCCAGGCCCCUCCUCCUAAGGAUGAUGGCCAUGACAACGGAAAGCGUGGCGAUGUCCCUCCUCCCCCUAAGCCUACCGAUGGCCAGGCUCCCCCUCCCAAGGAAGAUGGCGACGACAACGGCAAGCGUGGUGACAUCCCUCCUCCCCCCAAGCCCACCGACGGCCAGGCCCCUCCUCCCAAGGAUGAUGGCCAUGACAACGGAAAGCGUGGUGACAUCCCUCCUCCCCCUAAACCCACCGACGGCCAGCUCCCUCCCGCUCCUACCGUGGUUUGA